AAUGACCCCCUAAACAGUUAUAUGGUUUACUUAACCCCCUCUUUUCCCUAAACCAGUUCAAAACACACCUUUUACGCAAACUAAAACCAGUUUUGCUGACUUGGCCGGUUUUUGAUGACUAGGACUGACAGCUUGGCAGUCAUACAUGGCAAGUAUAUUUAGAUCCAAAACAGGCCCUCCCGUGACUUCUGUUUCUCUUGCUCGUCAAUUUUAUUUCGCCCGCCGGCCGCCGGCCCUCGCCUUAAGUUUCUGCGUGACACAAUCAGAUCGAUCAACUAGGUGAAUGAUACAGUGGACAAGUUCAUCAGCACAAACGAAAACAGGCAGCAGGGGAUAUGGACCCUUUGGAGGUACUGCCAGUAAGAUUUCACUUUGGAGGCGAAUUUGAUUUUGAUGGUCACUCAUUGAACUAUGUGCGAGGUAGAAAUGCAUUGUCACACAUAGAGAGGGAUAAGCUAUCACUGCCAGAGUUUAGGGGUUUUCUUGGUGACCAUGUCAAUUUGACAGCACAGGGUGUAGUUGAUUUUCAUUGGCUGCCCCCCGGAGUUGAUAUGAGUAACGGUGUGCGGAGCUUAGCUGAUGAUCAGAGUUGCAGGUAUAUGUCUGAUUGUAUCAUAGUGGGUGAAGUAGCUGAAGUUUAUGCUGAGAUAUACAAGACUGUAGGUGCUGAAUUAGUCAUGUGGACGUGCGAACCAGAGAACAAUAUGCUAAUUUUAGGUAGUCCAAAUAAGGAUUAUACGAUGAACAACGAAGAUGUAGGAAAUAACAAUUCUGGUGAUGAAAGCGUAGAGGGGGAUGGAGCCGGUGAUAGCGAGUUAGAAGAUAGUGAUUAUAUGCAAGGUGACGAUGAUACAUCUGGAGAUGAUGAAGAAGCAAAUGAAUUAUUGAUGAAUGCAAGGAUCCAGAGAAAGAAUCCAACCGCUGUUGUUGCAAUAUCUCGUAAAGCCUAUAUUCCUGAUGUACUAAUUCAUGAAAGUGGUGAAGAAAAUGGUUCUCUAGAUGAAUUUGAUCCCCCAAUGGUGGACUCAAGUGAAGAAGCUAGCUAUGAGGAUGGUGAUGACGGUGAAGGAAUCAGAAGAAAAAGCAGGUUUAUAAGGUAUGACAGUGAAGCUGUUUUUCCAAACUUUUGUGUUGGCAUGACUUUCAGUGGCAGGGUGCAAUUUAAGCAAGCCUUGAUCAAGUAUGGGUUGGCUACUCAAAGACACUUGAGUUUUCCUAAAGAUGAGAAAGACAGGAUUAGAGCAAAAUGUUCAUGGAAGGGCUGCCCCUGGUUCAUAUUUGCCUCUAACAAGACAAACAGUGAUAGAUUUCAGGUCAAGACAUUCAAUAAUGAACACAUUUGUCCCAAAAGAAAGGACAAUAGAUUAGUCACUGGAGUAAGAAUAGCUGAUAAGUAUGAGCAUAUCAUUAAACCAAACCCAUCAUGGAAGCUUCAGAACAUCAAGGAGACUGUGUUGCUUGACAUGGGUGUAGAUGUGUCGCUAUCAAAGGUCAAGAGAGCAAAGGCCAUUGUGAUCAGAAGGAUAUAUGAGUCAUGUAGAGGAGAGUACGCAAAAAUAUUUUGAGUACCAAGCAGAAAUACUUAGAAGCAAUCCAGGGAGCACGGUUGCCGUGUAUUUGGAUCCUGAGUAUAUUGACCCAGUUUUUCAGAGGAUUUAUGUAUGCUUUGAUGCUUGCAAAAAGGUUUCCAAGCUGGAGGAAAGUAAUUGGAGUAGAUGGAUGCUUCUUCAAGGGAGCUUGCAACAGUGAGCAGCUAUGUGCUCUAGGUCGGGACACAAACAACCAGAUUUACCCAAUAGCCUGGGCAGUAGUAGAGAAAGAAACUGAAGAUUCUUGGUCAUGGUUCUUGGGUUUCCUACAAAAGGAUUUGCAAAUUACAAUUGGUGGGAGGGGCUGGGUUAUAAUAUCUGACCAGCAAAAGGGUCUUCUCAAUGCAGUGGCAGAAUUGUUUCCUGACAUCGAGCAUAGGAUGUGUACAAGACACAUAUAUUCCAACUGGAGAAAAACUUAUAAAGAUAAAGAUUUUCAGAAACCCUUUUGGUUAUGUGCAAAGGCAUCAAGUGUACCAUUCUUUAAUUUUUGCAGAGCAAAACUAGCACAAUUAACUCCUGCGGGUGCCAAAGACAUGAUGAACACCAACCCGAAGCAUUGGAACAGAGCAUGGUUCAACCUUGGUUCCAACUGUGAUAGUGUCGACAACAAUAUGUGUGAAAGGUUCAACAAUUGGAUAGUUGAUAUUAGGGCCCAUCCCAUUAUCUCCAUGCUAGAGGGCAUCAGGACCAAGGUGUAUGUAAGGGUUCAACAAAAUAGAACCAAGUCAAAUAGUUGGUCUUCAAAGAUCUGUCCAAACAUUCUAAAGAAACUUAACAAGUAUAUUAAUCUUGCACAAAAAUGCUCUGCAAUUUGGAAUGGAAAAGAUGGCUUUGAGGUGACAGAGUGGGACAAGAGGUUCAGAGUUGAUGUAGAGAGAAGAACUUGUUCUUGCAGAUAUUUGCAGCUGACGGGUAUCCCUUGUGCUCAUGCCAUCACUGCAGUUUUUCUCAGCUCAAAAGCACCUGAAGAUUACAUAGCUGACUACUAUUCAGUUGAACACUACAACAAGACAUAUGAUCAUUGCAUGAUGCCAAUGGAGGGAAUGCAACAGUGGCCAAGAGAUCCCCGCAAGCCUAAGCCUCCAGCCUAUGUGAAGAUGCCAGGUAGGCCAAAAAAGCAGAGAAGAAGGGAACCUGGUGAAGCAAAAAAGGCCACAAAAGUCACUAGGGUAGGCUCGAGAGGUAACUGCAGCAAGUGUCAUCAACCAGGUCACAAUAGUAGAACAUGUGGACCAAAGUCUAAAUCAAAGAAGAGAAACAUCAUGGAGAAAGAA